AUGUAUCCAUCGAAUUCAUUUGAACGUCGUGCAAAGCCAACACCACAGCUACUCAGAAUACAAGCGGAGUACACGGCGGAGUUUAAUAAAUUAACUAACAGUCAAGAAUUAAAAGAUACAAUAAUAGAACCAGCUAUUAAGUUUUGGCAGUCAGCGUUAACUGUGAGGCGGCCUAUGUCUAAAAAUUUCUACAUUCAAAGGCAAGUUAAUCAACUAUUUUGUACGGAUGACUCAUAUUAUACAUACUCAGAAAAUGAUACAAUUUUUUGCCAAGAGCAUCCAUGUCAGACAACUAUUAAGUGUGGUCAUGUUGAUAUACCCGAUAAGUACACCAGUGAAUGUUAUGAAUUGCACAAUGGCAAAUUAGAUCAGGUCUUUCCUAAAGGUUCUGGGAUAAGCCCAAACGAUUUUAUUCUAAUUAUUGACAGCAGCAAUUCAGGAGCAUGUGAUGAAACUACUCUUGCUCAUGCAGCAUCAUGUUACCUAGACCCUGAGAACGACAGGGAAAUAAUCUUAGAAGCUCGGAACUACUUUUCUGGCACAACAUUCCCAUUAAGACUAGGAAUGGUAAUCGCUGAAAGUCAGAAAUUAAUGACUUGA